AUGGCCUCCAUCUGGUCUCGCAAACGCGACCUGGCCUACCUGGCCUUCUUUAUGACCCACCUCCCCAUCGUCUACUUAAUCGACACCGCCCCCCUGCAGCCGGCGAUCGUGCGCACCGAUUUCUCGCAGCAGCUGCGCGACUUCUACGUCGCAACCUACCACGACAAGUUCUUCUCCGAGCCCAUACCCGUGUGGUUCAACGUAUUCAUCUGGCUCGAGGUCCUGUACCAUGUACCGCUGAGUCUGUGGGCGAUUCGGGGUCUUCUCCGCGAUCAUCCCAUGGUGCCCGUGCAUCUCUUGGUUUUCGGUGUCGAGGCCCUCAUCACCUCGUUGACAUGCUUGGUCGUCGUGUGGAGCUGGCCGGAUCGUUCCGUCGCUCAGAAGCAGCAGCUCACCACGCUGUACGGGCCUUAUGUGGCGCUCGGUGCACUGAUGGCGUUGGAUAUGACGUGCCGUCUGCGCGACCGACUGAUGCCCAAAGCCAAGCGCGAAUAG